AUGAAGCACGAAAACAAAGAUCAUUCAUGUUUUGAAUUGGUUCAAUUGCUUAUAUCAAUCUCUAUUCCUAUUGCUAUUGGCAUUCAUACUGUCUUAGAAAAUAAUUGUGAGUUGACUAUAACAAAUAACAAUCGUCAGCAAGACCUUGAUUUAGCCGAUAGCGAAAAAAAAAAAGAUUUAAUACUUCGUGAAUGUCAAAAGAUAUUAAGGAAAGUAAUUGAACGGUAUGGUACACAAAUCGAAGAAAAUACAUCAGGGUCACUUGUUGCUCGUUCUAAAUUAAUUACUUAUCGAUCUGAUGAAUAUCGGCCACCAGUUUUGCUUCAAUCUGCGAAUUUACCUGAUUUAAAUCUAAUAGCUGAAUCUGAGCGAAGAGUAUUAUAUAAUCUGUCAUUGGAAGGUAUUAUUAUGACAAGUGCUGACUUUUAUGAAAUUAAUAUACGUGGUGCACGAUUGAAUAGUAGUAUACUUAACCAUGUUGAUUUCUCUUCGCCAUGGAAUACACCAUCAUUCGAUGAUGAAAUCGGUACUUUUAAAAGCAAUUCUUCACAAUUAUUGUUCGAGAAGACCAAUUUAACAUAUGCUUCAUUUGUUUUUGUUACAAAUGAAAAAGCUGCUUUUACUCUUACGAUAAUGGAUAAUGCUAGCUUGGGUGCAUUUUUCUCGUGUUCAAAUUGUAUAUUUGAUUUUACUGACAUGGCUGGAGUUAAUUUUGAAAAAUGCUAA